GUUCGUCUCCGUUGGCCGGCAACGCGGCCGAGAUAUCUAGUGUUCAUAUCUGUUGUCCAGCUCGGACGACGGCUCGUAUUUGAGUUCAGUAAAGUUGGCAAUUGGCUUUUAACCUGUGUUCUACCUUACUACAGUGGGAAAGAGGCGCGCUAUGUGAUUUAAGAACGUUUCGCUCAUGACUUAUUGAUCCUGGAAAUUCGAAUCUGUGAAUAUCUUUCCAACUUUACCGAAGUCUUACUGAUCCAGGAAGUAACACCUGUCCUUCACUAUGAAAUGAAAACUAACUGCCUAUAGACGGAACCUGGAGAAUGUCUUAUCAUAUUAACGACGGUAAGCAGACUGAAUUUCGCUAUAACCUCUGAAUGUUGCAUAAUAAAGAGCAGGAGUGAACAAGUAGAUUGUUAAGAUGUCGCAGAUAAAUCGUCACCUUAUGUUUUCUGGAACUGAAACAGUGCAACAGAUACAGUGUUGUCUUCUAUGACGUGUCCCUUAAACAUCUCAUUACAUUACAUUUAACUGACGCUUUUAAUCCAAAGCGAGAAAGUGCUUUCAACCUUGAGGGUUCAAACCCUGAACGUCUCAUGUUUCUGUGGUGAAAAACUGUGAGACAGCAGCAGAGUGCAGCAUCUUCUCCUGUAGCAGUUUUAUUAAAGACAAGAGAAGUGCAGGUUUCAACAGCCACCUGAGAAUUAGAGAUCAGCUCUCUGUUUGCUGUGUACUGUUGUUAUCAUGGAAGUUUCAAUGUCAGAGAACUACUGUGAACAUGGUCUGUGUUUUGAGUUGUGUUCAACUUUCACUUUCAGAUAUCGAUGAAGAAGAGUGGAGUCUGAAUAUUUAGAAAAACAACAAUCACGUGAACGCACCCCCACCCCUGAACACGUCAGAAGUUUGGUGAAAACUCUUGAUGUCUCCCUCUUUUUUUCGGAUUUAAAAAUCAUCUCCAGCCGGAUGACUGUGAUGUUGACUUCAGCUCAAGAAAACUGCCAACCUGCCGUUCAACAUGAAUCUGAGAAGUAAACAUUUGGAGGCUGCAUCUUUGUUGAUAGUUUUGGUCAAAGUCUUCCGUGUGAAUAUGUGGACUUGUCAUCCAACUGAGUAUCAGAUGGGGAAUGAAUGCUGUCCUCUUUGUCCAUCUGGAACUCAUGUUAAAACACACUGCACAGAGUUCAGGAGCACUUCCUGUAUGCCCUGUGUGAAUGACACCUACAUGAAUCUUCCCACUGGACUUAACAAGUGUUUCCCCUGCACGACCUGUGGUUCAGAUUCUGGUCUGAAGACAAACACUUUGUGCACAGCAGCAACGGAUUCAGUUUGUGAACCUCUGCAAGGAUUCUACUGUAUAGACCGCAUAGGGAACCACUGUGCAGCUGCAAAGAAACAAUGUCAACCAGGGCAGUACAUCAAACAUAGACGAACCCCCCUCACAGAUGCUCUGACUGCAGUGACGGAACAUUUUCUGAUGGGACGCUUACGUCUUGUCGACCACACACACAAUGUGAAUCACAAAACCUUCAGCUGAUGCAACAAGGAACCGCUUCAACUGACGCUGAAUGUGGAAAAGACAUAUUAAAAAAGGAUCCAGUUGCAAUCAUC